AUGACAGGAAGAUCUACCGAGCCACCUGCCGUCCUUCACACGGCACAACCACCAGCUGCGCUCAAACAAUCUUCGACAUCUUCAAUGGCACCCAUAUGGAAACAAUUCGAUGACUACACCGGCCCUGAUUGUAUCACCCCCUGCCCAAAUGAGGUACUUCAUAACAUCUGCAGCAACCUACCUUUUGACGUCGUCAAGAAUUUUCGCCUCGUCUGUAGGAUCUUCGGAAAGAUUGGCAACGACCAUCUCAAUGCACAAGCUCAUGUGUGUUUCAAACGAACGUCGUUCCAGGAGCUUCAGCGUCUCUCGACCUCCGAUCUUCGGAAAAGCAUCCGCUCGCUCUGCUUCGACGCCAACCGCUACAACGAACAAUUCACAUUCGAAAAAUGGCGCAGAGUGGUCAGAGUAACAUCCAAUAUCGGGCGUAGCCAAGAGAAUCAAGAUGCGUACGACCGCUUCAGACAUUACUACGUAGAUCAAGACGCCAUCGUGCAGGAAGACCUUCAUGUCGAGAGUAUCGCAACUCUGCUCAGAAACUGCCCCAAACUACACACUGUAGAAAUUUGGUCAGCCUACGAGAACCUUCGCAUUAUGCAAAAGGCAGUUCCUGUGUUCGCCGACGCAGGGAUCUCCCCCAGAAGCCGCAGAGGGAAUUUCGUACAUGGCGUUCAUGCUAUCAAAGAUGUCAUGCAAGCAGCCAAUCAGACCCGCACUCGCUUGAAGCGACUGUUUGCUGGACGCUUGUCUCAGACGCUGUUCCAUCUCGAGGCUGUCGACACCGAAAUCAUCAAGACCGGCCUUGAGAAAGUGGAAUGUCUGUCCCUCGAAAUCGAUGAGCCUCAUCCUACUACGAACUUUGAAGCCACGAGUUGGGUUAAGCUGUCCGAGGGGGCACUUUCCAAGCUAUUAGGAGCUGCAUCGGACGUACGGUACUUGUCCGUUCGCUCGUGUGACUCUUGGAGUCCCGCUAUAGCGACCCUGUAUCUCAAUCACAUCUUCGGAAAGCAUGUUUUCCACUGCCUUCGGGCCCUACACCUCAGGAGUGUUGCAACCAACUCGAAAGGCCUGAGUAAGAUCCUGAUUGAGCACAAAGAAACGCUCAGAUAUGUUCAUCUCACUAAUUUCAACAUGGUCAACAACAACGAUAACUGGAACGAUUUUUUCAGUGUCAUGUGUCAACAGCUUCCCCAAGCCCGCAAGUUCCUACUUUAUGGCGACUGGAAAGGUGGCAACAGGGCAAGCUGGAGCUUUGGUCAUAUGUCUGACGGUAAGUCAUCGUUGAGGACUCAUGCUAUGAACAGAUACAUUCGUAAGGGCGGUGAUCUGCCUACAACAGACGAGAAGUGUCGUCAGCAGAUUCCCAACUGCCGCGUAGUUGAGAGAAGUCUUCGAAGUCCUCAUGUUGCCUCGAGGUCUGGUCAUCCAGGCUUUCGUAGACUUGUGAACGCAUCAGAACACACAGAGUAUAUCGACGAACCCGACUCUGAUUCUGAGUGGUUGUCCGACGACGAAGAUGAAGACUUGAAGUUCUGGAAGGCGCACUUGUGA